AUGCCGCCCACAACGGACAAGCUUUUUCGCUGGAUCGAGGACCGCGAACGCGAGCGCCUUGUAGAAUUCAACACUUCUUGGGGUCGAGUUCUUGAUGCUGGGGAGACAACUCUGGCAAAUGAGCUUUCCGUCGAAUUUGCUCCUAGUAAGACGCUACAUGCCACUCCAUUGAAGGUUUUUGCUGGAAACUGGCAAGACGCCGCAUUUCUUGCCGACUGUAAAAAAUUUGAUGUAAUUAUUGCAGAUUACCUGAUUGGAGCCAUUGAAGGAUUUGCUCCGUACUACCAAGAGCAAAUAUGCACUAGGCUAGAGAAAUUACUGGUCCCAGGAGGACGAAUCUACUUGGUGGGGCUGCAGCCAUUAAGCGAGUCUCAAGUUCCCGCGGGCUCAAGUGAUGCAGACAUCAAAGCGAGUAAGCUCAUUCAAGACGUUGCUCGUAUUCGUGAUGCUUGUCUCCUGCUUGCAAGUCGUCGCUGUUACCGCGAAUAUCCAAUUGACUGGUCACAUCGUCAGCUGGAACAGUCAGGGCUAGAAGUGAGAAACAGUGUGCGUCUCAUUAAUGUGUAUGAUCGAUCAUCCAUCACUCGUCAACUCGAAGUUGGCAGACGUCACGUGCCAGCAUUUCAAGACGCUGAUCUUGCCAAUAGUAUGUUACAAGCUCUCGAUCGUGUGGACGAGCGUCUGAAAGAAGUGUUUGGAUCUGGUCUUGAGGCAGAACGACGCAAAAUGUGCUAUUGUUUUUACUUUUAUCCAAUUAAAACUCUCAUUCCUCCGCUCAACUUUUCCAUGGUGGCCUCUGGUGUCUAUCGGUCUGGCUUUCCGAAUCGAAAAAACCAUGCAUUCCUUCAGCAACUUGGACUCAAGUCUGUGCUGUACCUAUGUCAUCAAGGACAUCAGCCUGAAAACAUCGCAUUUUUUCAAGAAAAUAAUAUCAAGGUUUAUCAGUGCCCCAUAGAUGGCAACAAGGAACCAUUUAUCAGCAUUAAUCCGGACGCUAUGGCAAACGCUCUGCGCAAUCUUCUUGAUGUAAGAAACCACCCGAUUCUUGUCCACUGCACAAAAGGAACGCAUCGUACAGGGUGUGUAAUUGGAUGCAUGCGUAAAAUGGAAAAUUGGUCAUUGACUUCGAUUAUUGACGAAUACUGUCGUUUUGCUGGUCCUCGGAUGCGUCUGCUAGACCAACAGUUCAUCGAGUUCUUUAUGCCUACAAUUCAGUAUGAUGAAAGCCAGAAACCAAAGUGGCUCUCCACGAAAGUCUAA